UCCCACUGAAAAGUGAUCAUUUUGGGGUUCCCCAAAUGGUUCAUCUUUUCGAUACAUUCAAUUUGAUCGAUAAACCCUUCUCUCUUCCCUUUUUUUCAGUUUUCAGUUUCACCCUGUAUUGUGGACCUCAAUUCUGUAUGCAUGAUGCUAGAGGAAGAAGUAGCAAUGGCGGAGCCUUGUGCGAAUAAUGGUGGUGGUGGGUUUUCUUCUUCUCUUCAACUGCGUAAUGGCGGAGGAGGAUAUUGCAGUGAAGAAGAACUCGCUGUACUUCCUCGCCACACUAAGGUCGUCGUCACCGGAAACAACCGUACAAAGUCUGUGCUCGUUGGCUUACAGGGUGUUGUGAAGAAGGCUGUGGGUCUCGGAGGGUGGCAUUGGCUGGUUCUAACGAAUGGAAUCGAGGUAAAACUGCAAAGAAAUGCGUUGAGCGUGAUUGAACCUCCUACUGGUAAUGAGAACGACGACGACCUCGAGUUCGGAAAUCUGCAGUGGAAUGUCUCCGAUCUUGCCUUUGAUGACGCCCGAAAGUCUCAUAGAUCAAGGCAUCGUGCACAUAAGUCAAUAAGUUCGGCUCAUAAGACCAUCAAUCGGUCUCUCUCGUGUGAUUCCCAAAUUAAGAGCCCUGUUACAACUCAUGGGUCCUUGAAGGUUGAUCUUGGGAAACUAGAGAUGGGGGCAUUAAGGAGAUACUGGCAACACUUCAACCUUAUGGAUGCAAGUCCAAAUUUAUCAAAGGAUCAGCUUGUUGAUGUGGUUCAAAGGCAUUUCAUGUCACAGAAAUUAGAUGAGUUGCAGGUGAUUGUGGGGUUUGCACAAGCUUCAAGGAAGCUGAAGAUGAUGUGUGAAUGAUUGAGAAUGUUUGGAAAAUUGGUAGUUGGGUUUACUAACGGAUAUGAGAUACUUGUAAAGUUAAUUGUAAGAUGGUUUAUUUGGAGGAGGGUUAACUUAGAUUAGGACUUUAGGUAGCUUGAUGUCGUAUAGCUCUAUUGUAGCAGUUGUAAAUAUAUGUAGUAACUCUUUAAAAUAUUGACUAGAUGAGACCACU